ACGAAUAAAGUUUUUUCAAACCACGUGACGAUACUGUCAUGGCUGCGCCCUCGUGUCAUGUGCUGUCUGACCAGACUGAAGCCGCUUCACUUUAGGUCAACUGUUCUUAUUGAUAAUCUUCGCUGGGUAUUCCGCCUAAAACAUACCCGUUAAAGAAAUUGGGCCUAGUUUUAAAGCGCGAACCGGCGCAGCACGCAUGCGCAUAUAAAGACUCAGGAAGUAGUUCAGCACGUUGGGAAAACUGGUUCCAGUUUGAAGAAAAAUGAAGCCAAAGAAGGGGAAAACUGGAGAUAAGCGGGUUUCCUCGGUCAGACGGAGCUUCGACAUGAAAGGCAAAUGGAAACCCGUGGAGCUGGAUCCUCAUCUGUUCUCACAGGAAGGCCUGCAGGACUUGAUCUGCUUCGAGGAGCUGACCUCCUACCGUUUGGUAAACAGCGGGAAGGCUGCGAAAGAGGUGAGAAAGGAAAAGAAACAGGCAAAGAAGAGAGAAGCCGAGCAGGCUGUAGAGGAAGCGGCCGAACCUGCCAAGAAGAAGAAGAAGAAGAAGAAACACGAGAAAGUGGCUGCAAAUGAUCCAGAGACAGGUAGUUGUGGCACCAAUAAGGACGUGAUGCAGGAAAGUGAAGUACCCAUUGAGGAGGAUGGAGAGAAUGAGAAAGAAACAGCUGCUACCUCUGUACCUGCUCAGUCUAGUACCACAAAUAGAAGAGAAAAGAAGAAGAAAAAGAAGAAAUCAAGCCAGAAAACAGAGCAGCCUGCAGUCACAGAGAAACAGACAAGCAUCAAACCUCCAUCACUUCCAGAAGAACCCAGACAGGAUCAGAUAAAGCCUCCAAAAAAGCAGAGAAAGAACUGGACGAAUGCAGCACUUUCUGGUUCUGAGGAGAAAAAUUCUGAUGUGAGUGCUUGGAAUGACCUGUUUGUCCCAUCUGCAGUGCUGGAGGCUUUAAGCAGGCUGGGGUUCACUUCACCCACUUCCAUUCAAGCUCUGGCUCUGCCUUCAGCUAUCAGAGACCGUAUGGACAUCCUGGGGGCGGCUGAGACCGGAAGUGGGAAGACUUUAGCUUUCGGAAUUCCCAUGAUCCACACCAUCCUGGAGUGGAAGAACGGCUCGAGGAAAACAACCGAACCAGGUGACACAGAGGACCCCAAAACUGGAGAACAACAGGAUGACAGCACGGAGCCUUCAGAAGAAGAUGAUGAACGCGAAGUGGACCAGACUAAUGCAGGCUCUGAUGAAGAUGAACAGGGCGCUGAGGGUGAAGAUCAGGACGAGCAGCUUGGGUGUGUUCGAGUGAUUGAUGACGCAGAGUUUGAUUUCAAAGGAAAGGUCGAUGAGGGGCAGAACCAGCCUCUCCUCGGACUGGUUCUCACUCCGACCAGGGAGUUGGCUGUUCAGGUCAAACACCACAUUGAUGCUGUCGCAAAAUACACGGACAUCCAAACAGCCAUAGUGGUGGGUGGAAUGGCUCAGCAGAAGCAACGGAGGAUGCUAAAGCGCAGGCCGGAGAUAAUCAUAGCCACUCCGGGACGUUUGUGGGACUUGAUCAAGGAGCGGCAUCCUCAUCUGCUCAACCUCAGACAGCUGAAGUGUCUGGUCAUUGAUGAAGCCGACCGCAUGGUAGAAAGAGGUCACUUUGAAGAGCUGGAGAGCCUCCUGGAGAUGCUGAACACCACACACUUUAAUCCCACCAGACAGACAUUCGUGUUCUCCGCCACUCUAACGAUGGUUCACGGUUUGCCCAGCCGUGUCCUUCAGAAGAAGAAGAAGCCGGAAAACAGGAGCAAACUGGAAAUCCUGAUGGAAAAGGUGGGGAUUAAGUCCAAACCGAAAGUCAUCGACCUCACCAGGAAGGAGGCCACCGUGGAGAGCCUGACUGAAACACAAAUCUGUUGUCAGAAGGAUGAGAAGGACUUCUAUCUGUACUACUUCCUGAUUCAGUAUCCUGGGCGCACCAUGGUGUUCGCCAACAGCAUCGAAUGCAUCAAGAGGCUCACUGCUCUUCUGGUUAUCUUGGACUGUAGUCCUCUCGCUCUGCAUGCCAACAUGCACCAGAAACAGCGCCUCAAAAACCUGGAACGCUUUGCUGAAAGACAGAACUGUGUUCUUCUUACGACUGAUGUGGCCGCGCGGGGCCUCGACAUCCCCGACGUUCAACAUGUUAUUCACUAUCAGGUUCCUCGAACAUCAGAGACGUAUGUCCAUCGAAGCGGCCGCACAGCAAGAGCCACCAAAGAGGGCCUCAGUCUGCUGCUGAUUGGCCCAGACGAUGUGAUGAACUUCAAAAAGAUUUCCAAGACCCUCGGGAAGGACGAGGACCUCUCCGUGUUCCCCUUAGAGAACAGAUGCAUGGAGGCAAUCAAGGAGCGAGUGAACCUUGCCAGGAAGAUAGAAAAGAUCGAGUUCUUCAACAGCAAAGAGAAGCAGCAUGACUCCUGGUUUAAGCAGGCAGCAAAGGCCCUGGAGGUGGACCUCGACGAUGAUCUCCUCAUGGGAAGCGCUAGAGAGCAGGAUGCGAACAGCGAGCAGCAGAAAAUGGUGAAAGGGAUGAAGAAGCAUUUAAAGCAUCUAAUCUCUCAGCCGAUAUUCAAGUAUGUGGUGAAAACAAAGUAUCCCACAAAAAUGGGAAAACUCGCCCUGGCAAACAUGUCCGUUGCAGGGAUGGAAAGUGCCCUGACCAGGAUUUCAGGACAGAAGAUGACACAGAAGCUGAAGAGAGGUUUUUCACAGCAGCAGAAAGAACAAAAGCAGAAGAAACGGGUGAAGAAGCAGGCGUGAGAUGAUUUUACAAAAAGUUUCUGUACUAAAAACGGCUUUAUUUCACCUUAAUUCCUGCUAAUUAUGUAGCUGUUUGAAUGGACUGGAAUAUUUUAUAAAGGCCUCUUUUCUUAAGGA